UCCUCCCCCUCCCUCCCGGCUCCCAACUCCAGCCCCUCUCUCUCGAUCAGCCGCUCACUCUGUCUCAAUAUGUCUCAAGAUGGCGGCCAAUGUGGGAUCGAUGUUUCAAUAUUGGAAGCGCUUUGAUUUACAGCAGCUGCAGAGAGAGCUCGAUGCCACAGCAACAAUAUUGGCAAACCGGCAAGAUGAAAGUGAGCAGUCGAGGAAAAAACUUAUUGAGCAAAGUCGCGAGUUCAAGAAGAACACUCCAGAGGACCUGCGCAAACAGGUAGCUCCAUUACUGAAGAGUUUCCAGGGAGAGAUCGACGCAUUGGGUAAAAGAAGCAAAGAAGCAGAGGCAGCCUUCUUGAAUGUUUAUAAGAGAUUAAUUGAUGUUCCAGAUCCAGUUCCAGCCUUGGAUUUAGGACAGCAGCUUCAGCUGAAGGUUCAACGUAUGCACGAUAUUGAAACAGAGAACCAGAAACUUAGGGAAACUCUAGAGGAAUACAAUAAAGAAUUCGCCGAGGUGAAAAAUCAGGAGGUUACAAUAAAAACACUUAAAGAGAAAAUCCGAGAGUAUGAACAGACCCUGAAGAACCAAGCGGAGAAUAUAGCCCUUGAAAAAGAACAAAAGUUACAAAAUGAUUUUGCGGAGAAGGAGAGAAAAUUGCAGGAGACACAGAUGUCGACAGCCUCGAAGCUGGAAGAAGCUGAACACAAAGUUCAAGCCUUGCAAACAGCCUUGGAAAAAACCAGAACAGAACUAUUUGAUCUGAAAACAAAAUACGAUGAAGAAACUACUGCAAAGGCUGAUGAAAUCGAGAUGAUCAUGACAGACCUUGAAAGAGCAAAUCAGAGGGCAGAGGUGGCUCAGAGAGAGGCAGAGACCUUAAGGGAGCAGCUCUCGUCAGCUAACAAAUCUCUUCAACUUGCUACGCAGAUCCAGAAGGCACCUGAUGUGGAGCAGGCCAUCGAGGUGCUGACACGGUCCAGCUUGGAGGUGGAGCUGGCUGCGAAGGAGCGGGAGAUCGCCCAGCUGGUAGAAGAUGUCCAGAGACUCCAGGGCAGCCUCACCAAGCUGCGGGAGAACUCCAGCAGCCAAAUCUCCCAGCUGGAGCAGCAGCUGACUGCCAAGAACAGCACACUUAAACAACUGGAAGAAAAACUGAAAGGACAGGCUGAUUAUGAAGAGGUUAAGAAAGAAUUAAAUAUAUUGAAAUCCAUGGAGUUUGCACCAUCUGAAAGCUCUGGUGCGCAGGAUGCAUCUAAACCGCUGGAGGUGCUGCUGCUGGAGAAGAACCGCUCCUUGCAGUCUGAGAACGCCACGCUGCGUAUCACAAAUAGUGACCUGAGUGGGUCAGCCAGGAGAAAAGGGAAAGACCAGCCUGAGAGUCAGCGUCCUGCAACCUUGCCGGCCUCCCCUCCUUCUCAGUUGCUCCGCAACACGGGGGAGCAGGCUUCCAAUACUAAUGGUACACACCAGUUCUCACCAACGGGUUUAAGUCAAGACUUUUUCAGCUCAUCCCUGGCGAGCCCCAGCUUACCCCUGGCCUCCACAGGAAAAUUUGCACUAAACUCUCUCCUCCAGCGACAGCUAAUGCAGUCCUUCUACUCCAAGGCAAUGCAGGAAGCAGGAAGCACAAGCAUGAUUUUUUCAACAGGUCCUUACAGCACAAACUCCAUAUCUUCCCAAAGUCCAUUACAACAAAGUCCGGAUGUAAAUGGCAUGGCCCCGUCUCCCAGCCAGUCAGAAAGUGCUGGGAGCAUCUCUGAAGGCGAGGAAAUAGACACAGCCGAAAUUGCACGUCAGGUGAAAGAGCAGUUGAUCAAGCACAAUAUUGGACAGCGGAUAUUUGGACAUUAUGUGUUGGGACUGUCGCAAGGGUCUGUGAGUGAGAUACUAGCCCGGCCAAAGCCAUGGAAUAAACUGACUGUGAGAGGCAAGGAGCCAUUUCAUAAGAUGAAGCAGUUCCUCUCGGAUGAGCAGAACAUCUUGGCUCUUCGCAGCAUCCAGGGUAGACAAAGAGAGAAUCCAGGCCAGAACCUGAACAGACUAUUUCAGGAAGUACCGAAACGAAGAAAUGGGUCUGAAGGUAAUAUAACCACAAGAAUCCGAACCACAGAGACUGGCUCUGAUGAAGCCAUCAAAUCCAUUCUCGAACAAGCCAAAAGGGAGCUGCAAGUACAGAAAACAGCUGAGCCGGCUCAGCCGCCUUCUGCAUCUAGCAGUGGCAAUUCUGAUGAUGCUAUUCGAUCCAUUCUGCAACAAGCCCGACGUGAAAUGGAGGCACAGCAGGCUGCCCUUGAACCUGCCUUAAAAACACCACCUUUAUCUCAAGCUGACAUUUCUAUCCUGUCCCCCAAACUAGUAUCUACACCUGCAAUGUCUUCAGUUUCCAGCUAUUCUCCUUUGGCCAUAUCCCUGAAGAAACAUUCAUCUGUCACUGAUUCCAGUAUCUCUGCGUUGCAGAACCUCUCUGGGCUCAAAAAGGAGCCUCAGGAGGCACCUGUUUUAGAGCUUCAUGGAGUAAGUGAUUCUGCCCAGGGUAUGUUGAGGCAUGUUAAAAAUGAGUUGGGACGUGGUGGUGUUUGGAAGGACCAUUGGUGGAAUACUGUGCAGCAUGAGAGAAGAAAUACAGCUCUUCCUGAAGACAUAAAAGUUGAGGAAACCAGUGGUGGAAAAGAAAAGGUCAGCAAUCAGACUAGGCCAGAUCGUAGCCAGCUCCAAGGACCAUCUUCUUCAGAGUAUUGGAAAGAGUGGCCAAACGCUGAAUCUCCGUACUCGCAGAGUUCUGAAUUGAGCAUGACUGGGGCGAGUCGCAGUGAGACACCACAGAAUAGCCCCCUCCCUUCAUCCCCUAUCGUGUCUUUGUCAAAGCCAUCCAAACCUUCAGUUCCUCCACUGACACCUGAGCAGUAUGAGAUUUAUAUGUACCAGGAAGUGGAUACGAUAGAGCUAACGCGGCAGGUCAAAGAAAAGCUAGCAAAGAAUGGCAUCUGCCAAAGGAUCUUUGGGGAAAAGGUAUUGGGGCUGUCCCAAGGAAGUGUCAGUGACAUGCUCUCCAGGCCAAAGCCAUGGAGUAAAUUGACCCAAAAAGGCCGAGAACCAUUUAUUCGUAUGCAGCUCUGGUUGAAUGGUGAGCUGGGACAGUGUGUCCUGCCUGCACAAGGGCAGCAACAAGGACAAGUCCUUCACUCUGUGACAUCAUUACAGGAUUCCCUACAGCAGGGAUGUGCAAGCUCAGAAAGCACUCCAAAGACUUCUGCUAGUUGCAGUCCUGCUCCUGAAUCUCCCAUGAGUUCCAGUGAAUCAGUGAAGAGCCUGACUGAAUUGGUACAGCAGCCCUGUCCCACUAUAGAGACAAGUAAGGAUGGCAAAUCCCAGGAAUCCAGCGAGCCACCUGCUUCUGAAUCCCAAUCUACAACACCUCUGCCGCUGUCGGGCCACUCGGCACUCAGCAUUCAAGAACUGGUUGCUAUGUCCCCUGAGCUGGAUACCUAUGGCAUCACAAAGAGGGUCAAAGAAGUGCUAACGGACAACAAUCUUGGUCAGCGUUUGUUUGGGGAGACAAUCCUAGGGCUAACACAAGGCUCUGUCUCAGACCUUCUGGCUCGCCCGAAGCCCUGGCACAAGCUGAGUUUGAAGGGACGGGAACCCUUUGUCCGCAUGCAGCUGUGGCUGAACGAUCCCAACAACGUGGAGAAGCUGAUGGAUAUGAAACGAAUGGAGAAAAAAGCCUACAUGAAGCGGCGACACAGCUCUGUUAGUGACAGCCAGUCCUGUGAGUCCUCCUCAGCUGGGAUAGACUACAGCCAGGGCGCCAGCCCUCAGCCACAGCACCAGCUCAAGAAGCCCCGGGUGGUGCUGGCACCAGAAGAGAAAGAAGCUCUGAAACGAGCCUACCAGCAAAAGCCAUACCCAUCACCAAAAACCAUUGAGGAACUUGCUACACAGCUCAACUUGAAAACCAGCACCGUGAUCAACUGGUUCCACAAUUACAGGUCUCGCAUCCGCCGGGAGCUGUUCAUCGAGGAGAUCCAAGCUGGGAGCCAGAGCCAGGCUGGGUCGAGCGACUCUCCUUCCGCCAGAAGCAGCAGGGCCGCUCACAGCUCCGAGGGAGACAGCUGCGACGGCGUGGACGCAGAAGGCCCGCCUGAAGGAAAGCCCAGUGGCCCGGAGGCGGAUGAGUACAGCAAUGCAACCACAAAGUCUCAGGGAGGGCCAGCGGAGUCGGCUUUCGAAGCGGGGGAAGAGGCACUGCAAGGCGCCAGGUCUUCGGAGAAAGCGGAGCCGUUCCAGGCGGAGAGCCUGGAGGACACCGACGACGAGGGCAGGCUCAGAGCACCACGCCAGAGCUCUCCGCCGGCAUCGCAGCGCCCGGGAGAAGCUCUGGAGACACUGCCAAACUCUGCCACGGAAGGGGAUGCCUCUACCUCAGCUGCCUCCACCUCAGUCCUUACAGGGGAGAGCUCCUACAAGUCAAAAGAAAGUUCAGAGAAAAUCUCCAGUGUGCCAAGUACGAGCUCGACACCGGCCGCAGGCUCGCAGAAAGCCAACUCUCUUCAGAGCUUGUUCGGCUUCUCGGAGGCGGCGAGCUCCAGGAACACGCGAGACAGCUCCUUGAGGAAAAAGAAAGCGGCAAACUUGAACAACAUCAUCCACCGCUUGGAGAAAGCCGCGAGUCGGGAAGAGGCGGUCGAGUGGGAGUUUUGAGAUUAAACCUUGCCCAACUCUGGAGAGCUGGGAAGUGAAACUGGACCUCUACUGGUUUUAUUGUGUUGCGCACUUAACCGCCCUGCGGGCCACAGGGCAAAAACGCCAUAGGCCAAGGUGCAUAUAGAAAACAAAAAAAGGAGCGUUAAGCCCAAUUUAUGUUUGUUGUUUUCGAGGAAGAAAACUGAAAUGUGUAGUCAAGCUUUUUUGUACCCUGAAGUGUUUUUAUUAUUGCCCUAAAGUGAUUUCCACAGUUUCUGGAAUAACUCAUACAGCUUUGCCUUGUGCCCUCCUCUUUGGUGUGGGCUUUAAAAAAAAAGAGAGAGAAAAAAGAAAAAACAGUAAAAAAAAGACGAAAGAAAAAAUCAAACCCACAUAUUAAAAGGGGGCUUUUUAUCUGCCAUCUAAUGGCGCCAGAGCGAUAAUACACUAUUAUCUUCUUAAACCAGGAAAAAAGAAAAAAAAGAAAAAGGGGAGAUUUUGCAGAAAAAAAAAAAAAGAAAAAAUAAAAAAGUUUUUUGUAGCUGUUCAGUUGCCACUAAGAGAUUGCACAGUCAAGCGACUCUAAACACACUAGUUUGGAUUCCUACGUAUUUUCAAGAAAAAGGAAAAGAAAAUCUUGUUUGAAACUUUGAAUUAAAAAAAGAAAAUAAGAAAAAAAAAAACACAUUUACUCCACCUAUUUUUUAACAAAAAAACCCAGAAAAAGUCAAAAAGUCACAUCAGGAAAAUAUCUUAAUUUGUGGUAGCUGACUUAGUGUUUUCUUGUAAGUGAAAUAGAAUAUUGACACGUAGUGCACAUUGUUUCAUAGCUUUAACUGAUUCUGGUCUUUUGCAGACCAGAAUUUGUUUAAUACACUCCAUUUUAGGCCAAAUCAGGACAAAAAAAAAUAAAAUCUGAAUCUAGGUAUUUUAUAAUCUGCUUUUUAACCUCUAACCACAGAGCACGCUGAUCAGACCUCAUAUCUAGGAGGUUUAGGAGACAACUUAGAAACAGCAUGUACUUGAUCAUUUCACUUGGUUCGUAGUGUACAGGAUUUCCUUUCCGUAAAGACAGAGCGCUCAAAAAACGUUGGCCAGUAACAUUUCAGCCUGCUCCUUCGGGACGUAUCCCCUAUCCCGAAACAUUCAGCUUACCUGGAAUCGAUUAAAACAUAGUUCACCUGUACGAUUGCUGUCACACACACCACUAAGAGGGGACUGGAGCUGCCUCAGAUAGAGACCUUUUCCUGCUGUUGGUGGCCAUUUACUGACUCUCUUCCCACCACAAGCACUGAUUUUAAAUACGUUUUAGUUGUGGGAAGCUUAUUUUUGCGUGGAUUAAGAGUACAUGGCAAUGACCAGACGGGCUCUUACCGGGAUGGAAACAGCCCAAACUCCAAACCAAAACCUUUGUGCUCUCGAGUCCCAGUCUAGACCAUUCUGCCCUGCAGAAACACAGCCUUUUUUCCAUUAUCUUAUGCACAGGUUAGGGCUGAUCAAAGUACAAAUCAAAUUCUAACUUGUCUCUAACUCCUCCUGUUGUCUAUAUGUAUAUGCGUGAGCAUAGAGGUGUGUGGAAGGAUGUGUGUGCGUGAGUGUGUGCGUGCAAUUUUAUACGUCUGUGUAUUUUCUUACGUACUUGUGCACACAUAGAGUGCAUUACUGCCACCUUUUUUCAAUAAGCUGUUUUAUCAGUUAUGGCUUCUACAAGUUUGCUAAUUUAGACUCCUUUAUUGCCAUAUCUUUAAAACUAACAAUAGAUGAUUUCGGAAUAUAUAUAUAUAUAAAUAUAUAUAUAUAUAUAAUUUUUUUUUUUUUUUGCUUAUUUAUAGGUGCUGUAUUUUAUUAUCUGAUUGUUAGGAAGGGAUGAAAGGGGGCAAAUAUUCUUUAGAGGGAUAGACUGCCGGCAGUAUUGGGUAUAAUUUACAAGAUGUAGUUGUCAUACUGUAUAUUAUUGAUUGAAGACUUUUUGACCGUAUUGUGUAUCAUUGAACUUUUGUCUUAGGUCAGCAUCUUUUUGAUGACACUUUAAUGGUGCAUUCAUUACUUCUUAAUUUUAAUUAAUAUUACUUUUCUGAUUUUGGGGGAGGGAGGGAUGGGGAGAGGAGUUCCGACUUUAAAGGUAUGUUCCCAAUAUUACACCUCAGUGUGCUUGUAUUAAUUCAUAAGUAGGAUUUUUGACUGUAAGAUGUGAAACCACAUUUCUUGCAUGAUGUUUUAGAACUUACGUAUUUCAUUUACAGUCUCUUAACAUGCAACAGCAGCACUUAGCGCAAGUUUUCACAAAUUAAGAAUCAGUACACUAAAAUCAGUCCUUUUCAUGAUUAAGGAAAGAAGGCUCUAGGAGGCUGAAAGGCAGGGAUUUAUUUCCUAUUUUUACUGCUAGCUGUUUCAGGAUACCUCCUUGGGUAACUGGGGACUUGUGAUGCAAACCUAAAAUUGAGAAACAGAGAGAGCAACUGCCCCUUUGUGUGAUGAGGUGAGGAGGCGAUUUGUAAUAACAGACCCCAGUAUGUGACAGCACGUGCUGGAAGCGGUUACGGCUUCUGAUCCGGAGUGCAGUUAGUCCACGGGAACAGCCAGCGAGGGAAAUAACAUGGUGAAGCAAAAUGUUACCUCUCUGUAUGUGUACAGUGCCCUGGUUUGACUUACAAAGCACAGCUCCAUCGAUAAAUGCACGUCCUAGUAAAAAUACACAUACCUUAAUACAAGUCAUAACAAGAUGUGUCUCCAGGCAAGAAGCAGAACUUCUCACUGGAAGACACAAAUAUUUUCUUAAGUUCUUUGUAAUUUCUCGUUGUUGUUGUUGUUUGGUUCAGGUUGGGUUUUUUUUAUAGGCAAUACGCUUGCCAGUCUUUUUCUACUGUCCUUGUCUGCUGAUUUGAGAUCCAGGUGCUUGAUGCAGUCAAGUGGUGACUCUCUGCUUUCUCCAUAGGGUUUUUUUCUGUUUGAAGAUUUAUUUUUGUUCUUUAAAUUAAUAUUCCCCAAACUGUUCUUGUGCCUGUGUCUAUAUGAUUGCAUUCCAUGAUGCUUACUGAGAGCUCUUGCUGCAUUAUACGACGGCAGAACUGUAUUCGUAGGUUGAACGCAAAUGCAGCACUUUUAAGGUCAAUCUCUCUUCUUAAUAAGCAAUACGUAAGUGCCUUGAAACUUAGAUCUUCUGGAUUUUUUCUGUUUAUUUUUGUUUUGCUUUUCAGGUUUCCACUAAUUCUGUAGGAUUCUUUAGCGUCUGCCCAGUUUUUAAUGCUGUAAUGAUUUUUAAAAAGCAUAUCUGUAGCUUGCCCUAGAGGAACUCUUUCUUUUAUAACACUAACUGUUAAUUCUAAGCUCCAUUAUUACAUUUGAGUCAUGUAAUUUUGCUGGAUAAAGACAGCAUUCAUAAGUCAGAAGUCACUCCAUCCUGCCAAGGGUUGUCAUUGGUCUCUAUUACAAAAUUAAUCAAAUAAAAUGCUGUCAGUAUUUCCUAUAUUUUUGGCACUUUA